CCCGCGACACGACCCCUCUGACGCUGGGCGGGGCCUGCAGUCAUGGUGCGGAAGUCGAACCCACUCCUCUUGCUGCAGCUCUUUCUCUGCCCAGCUCUCGCGCGCAGCUCCAGCCUCCUCCCGCUGGUUCUCAACACUUGGCCUUUUAAGAAUGCAACCGAAGCAGCGUGGCGGACGUUGGUGUCCGGUGGCUCCGCGCUGGACGCCGUGGAGACGGGCUGCGCCCAGUGCGAGAAGGAGCAGUGCGACGGCACCGUGGGCUUCGGGGGCAGCCCCGACGAAGCUGGGGAAACCACGCUAGACGCCAUGAUCAUGGACGGUACUACAAUGAACGUCGGAGCAGUAGGAGAUCUUAGACGCAUUAAAAACGCCAUCGGCGUGGCCCGGAAAGUCCUGGAACACACCACACACACGCUUCUGGCAGGAGAGUCAGCCACCAAGUUUGCCGAAAGUAUGGGGUUUGUCAACGAGGAUUUGUCUACCAAUACUUCUCGAGCACUUCAUUCAGACUGGCUUGCUCGGAAUUGCCAGCCGAAUUACUGGAGGAAUGUUGUACCAGAUGCUUCCAAAUACUGUGGACCUUACAAACCACCUAGCAUCUUAAAGCAAGAUGGUUCUACCUAUAAGGAAGCAGGAGAUGAUUACGGUCAUGACACUAUUGGCAUGGUGGUCAUCCACAAGACGGGACGCACAGCCGCUGGCACUUCCACAAAUGGCCUAAGAUUCAAAAUACCCGGUCGGAUAGGAGAUUCGCCGAUUCCUGGAGCCGGGGCCUAUGCGGACGACGCUGCUGGAGCUGCAGCGGCCACUGGGGACGGGGACAUACUGAUGCGCUUUCUACCAAGCUACCAAGCUGUAGAAUAUAUGAGAGGAGGAGAAAAUCCAACGGUAGCUUGCCAAAAAGUGAUUUCCAGAAUUCAUAAGUAUUUUCCAAAGUUCUUUGGAGCUGUUAUCUGUGCCAACGUGACUGGAAGUUAUGGUGCUGCUUGCAAUAAACUACCUACAUUUACCCAGUUUCAUUUCAUGGUUUAUAAUUCCCUAAAAAAUCAGCCAAAGGAGGAAAAAGUAGACUGCAUCUGAUCCAUUUCUCCUGGCGGCAUCUAUAUUUAAAAAAGAAAGAAGCAAAAACUGAAAAGGUUACCCACGCUCAGUGCAGAGUGUAUGCCUCAUAUUUUCUAAAUUCUUUGUGUAAAAAUAAACUUAUGCCAAAGGA